AAGAUGGAGCCGGUGGCCGAGGACUCGUGGGAGUCCCUGCCGGUCCAGUUGAGCCCGGGCGUCCUGCGAGCCUUGCAGGAGCUGCGCUUUUCCCAGAUGACGCCGGUACAGUCUGCAACGAUUCCUUUGUUUAUGACAAAUAAGGAUGUUGCUGCUGAAGCAGUAACCGGCAGUGGGAAAACGUUAGCUUUUGUUAUUCCUAUUAUAGAAAUUCUUCUCCGACGGGAAGAAAAGCUCAAGAAAAUGCAGGUGGGUGCAAUUAUCAUCACUCCCACGAGAGAACUCGCGAUGCAGAUAAAUGAGGUGAUCUCCCACUUCACAAAGUAUUUUCCACAGUUUAGCCAGUGCCUUUUAAUUGGUGGGAAGAAUCCCAUGGAAGAUAUCGAAAAAUUCAAAGAAUGUGGCGGAAACAUCGUUGUAGCCACGCCUGGGCGUUUGGUGGACAUGUUCCGAAGGCAAUCAGAUGGACUGGAUUUGGCCAGAUCCGUGAAAUCCCUUGAUGUGCUGGUCUUAGAUGAAGCAGAUCGGCUUCUGGAUAUGGGCUUUGAAGCCAGUUUAAAUACCAUUCUGGACUUUUUGCCCAAGCAGAGACGGACUGGCCUCUUCUCAGCAACACAAACCCAAGAAGUGGAGAACCUGGUGAGGGCGGGCCUCCGGAACCCGGUCCGUAUCUCGGUGAAGGAGAAGGGAGUGUUGGCAAGCAAUGCCCAGAAGACCCCAACGAGGCUUCAGAACUAUUACAUGAUCUGCAAAGCAGAUGAGAAAUUUAACCAGCUCGUCCAUUUCCUUCGUCUCCACAAGGCAGAAAAACACCUUGUCUUUUUCAGUACUUGUGCUUGCGUGGAGUAUUAUGGGAAGGCUUUGGAAUCUUUGAUUAAAAAUGCGAAAAUAAUGUGCAUCCAUGGGAAAAUGAAACACAAGCGGAACAGGAUAUUCACAGAAUUCCGGAUGCUCCCAAGUGGCAUUCUGGUGUGUACCGAUGUGAUGGCCCGUGGCAUAGACAUUCCAGAAGUGAACUGGGUUUUGCAGUACGAUCCUCCAAGCAAUGCAAGCGCUUUUGUGCAUCGCUGCGGCCGCACCGCACGCAUUGGCCACAUGGGCAGUGCACUUGUAUUUUUGCUUCCCAUGGAAGAAGCAUACGUCAGUUUCCUGUCAAUUAACCAAAAGUGUCCCAUGCAGGAAAUGCAACUGCAGAGUAACGUGGGAGAUGUUCUGCCUAAACUGAAAUCUCUCAGUUUGGCUGACAGAGCUAUGUACGAGAAAGGGAUGAGGGCGUUUGUAUCAUGCGUGCAGGCCUAUGCCAAACAUGAAUGCAGUCUCAUCUUCCGGAUCAAAGAUCUAGACUUCGCCAGCCUGGCCCGAGGUUUUGCCUUGCUGAAGAUGCCAAGGAUGCCGGAGUUGAAAGGCAAGACUUUCCCGGACUUUGAGCCCGUUGAUAUCGACACGGACUCGAUUGUGUUCAAAGACAAGAACCGAGAGAAGCAAAGGCAGAAGCUGCUCGCUGAGCCGAGGAAGGGGAGGCAGGAGCAGGAAGGGAGGAGGAAAGGACCCAGGAACCAGGCCUGGUCCAAGCAGAAAGCGAAAAAGGAAAAGAGGAGGAAACUGAGAGCCAAGCGGCAAAGAGAAGAGGGCUCUGAUGUGGAAGACAAGGACAUGGAGGAGCUCUUGAACGACACCCGCCUCCUGAAGAGGCUCAAGAAGGGCAAAAUUAGUGAGGAAGAGUUCGAGAAGAAACUGCUGCAGAGUGAGAAGGCGGCUCAGGCUGACUCAGAGUCUGAAGGAUGAUGAAAGUCUGUGAUAGAGCCCCUAAGACACCCUGAAGCCCCUCACUUUGACGGGAGGUCCUUAUGGCCCAC